GCGGUUGUGGCGGCGCAGCGACGUUCUAGGUACGUUGGAACUGAGAGCCCCGCGCGGGCAGCGGUUGGCCAGAUGGCGGUUGUGCGGUCGCCUCGCGCCUCCCUGAAGGCUGGCCGCAAAGACUUCCCGAACGCCGCUCAAGCAGGGCGGUUGCGCCAGGGCUGACUGAAAAGGAGCCCGGAGAGUCGCUGGGGCUCCGACCUGGCCGGGAAGAAGCCCGCGAGGGGCGUAAGGUCGCGUCUACACCUGCUUUCUGAGCAGGACGCGGGUGAAGUGGGAGUGGUGGCGGCCCCACGUGGAGUGGCUCCGCGUGGGAGUCGGGACUGCGGAGGGAAGUUGCCUCAGUGUUUUUUCUGGAAGAGAUAUGAAAGAUGGCAAGUCCAGAUGGAAGUAACCGGAAAAUAUUAAAAGCCAAAAAAACAAUGCCUCCAAGUUGCCGGAAGCAAGUAGAGCUCCUAAAUAAGUCAAAGAAUGUUGAAGCACUGAAAACAGCAACAAUUGGGAAUAAUGUGCCAAGUGGUAAUCAGAAUUUAAGUACUGGUAUCAUACAAAGCAAAUGUAGACAUUCUGAAAAUGAUGCUUCCUCAUUGGACUCUAGGAAAAAUUCAGUAUGCUCACAAAAAAUUAAAGUAUUCCCUCAGAAUUUAAUAGAACCAGUAGAAAACAUUGUUAAUUCAGAAACAAAAUUGGAGUACAUUGAUGAAGAAGUUGUAGGCCCUUACCAAAAGCCAGGUAGGACAAUAUAUUCUCUCAAGAAACUGUUUAUAGAAGAGGCAAAAGAUUCACAGAAUACUUCUGAAAAAUACUUUGAAAGUCAGUCAAAUAUAACAAGAUCCAUUUUUGAGCUACACAUAGAAGAUUGUGAUCUAAAAUCCAUUUACUGUUCACCUCAUGUAUUGAAUGGUAUAGUUCAAAUACCAAAGUAUUCAGUAACCAGUACCUUGGAUGAUAAGGGAAGCGAAAAGAUGGUUUCCUACUUAAAAACAAACUCCGAGUCAGAGUCCCAUGAUAAGAACCAAAAUAACAACAGUUUAAAUUCAGACUCCUAUUUUGUGCCUGUUGAGAAAACACCUAACUUGGUGAAUUCAGUAAGUUCCAGCAAAUAUGCUGCUGAUGUUUUGAAAACUGAAGAAUCUAGUAGAACUUGUCAUUCCAGCAUUUCAGAUUGUGGAAGUACGGACUCAACAUGGCAUUCAUCUCUCGACAUUGAUAGUAAUAACAGCCAUAAUCUAAAGAAGAGGAUGUUUUCAGAAAAUAAAGAAAAUGUUAAGCGCAUGAAAACUUCAGAGCAAAAUAAUGAAAAUAUUAGCGUAGCUCUGGAAAAGCAAAGAACAUUGCUGGAACAGGUCAGACAUUUGAUUCAACAGGAGAUCUGUAGUAUAAAUUACAGAGUGUUUGAUGACAAACUGAAAGAAUUGAAUGAACGCAUUGGGAAGACACAGUGCAGGAAUAAACAUGAAGCAAUAGCUGACGAACUCUUUGCAAAAAUAGCAAAACUUCAAAGACGUAUUAAAACAGUAUUAUUAUCUCAAAGGAGUUGUUUGGAACCAAACACGUUAUCCAGUAAGGUAGCCUAUAAGGCUGCAAAUUCUGAAACCUUGAAUUUGGAUAAGAAUCAAGAGUCAGUUAACAGUCCAGAUAAAAGAGUGACUUCUGCCAACUAUGAACAUUCCAAGCCUUCAGAAAAAGGAAAUGAAAAGGUUAAUUUAUCAUUGGAUCGUGUUGAGUUAGUUUCUGAAAGUAACGAUGAUGUUAUGUUGAUUUCUGUGGAAAGCCCUAAUUUGACAACUUCAGUAACAUCAAAUCCAACAGAUGUUAGAAAAAUUACAUCAAGAAAUUCCAGCGGUUCACCUGAUGCUGAAAUGGAUGUUACGAAGAAAAAACUUGAUUCUGUAAUUGAUCUGACGAAAGAAGGCCUAUCCAACUGCAACACAGAAAGUCCAGUCUCCUCCCUGGAGUCACCUUCGAAAGCUGUUUUAAACUCAAAAGAGACAACUCCAGUGGCACAUAUUGCAGCCCAGGUUCCUGAGUCCUUUGAGCACCUGCCACCUCUCCCAGAACCACCACCACUACUACCUGAGCUGGUAGACAAAAUUCGAGACACACUUCCUCCCCAGAAGCCUGAGCUCAAAGUAAAACGGGUGCUGAAACCCAGGGGCAUUGCCCUGACUUGGAAUAUCACCAAAAUCAAUCCCAAGUGUGCUCCUGUGGAAAGCUACCACCUCUUCCUCUGCCACGAGAGCCCUAAUAAUAAGCUGAUUUGGAAGAAAAUUGGAGAAAUUAAAGCUUUACCACUCCCUAUGGCCUGUACUUUAUCUCAAUUUUUAUCCUCCAACAAAUACUAUUUUACUGUCCAAUCAAAAGAUAUUUUUGGGCGAUAUGGACCAUUUUGUGAUAUAAAAUCUAUCCCUGGGUUUUCUGAAAACCUUACCUAAGGGAAAAGACUCCAAUAAUUAUAAUUGUAAUAUAUAUAUAUUUUUCAUAUUUGAGUUGUUUUAUAAUGUUACUCUAACAUCAUUUGCAGUUUUGA